UUUUAGGGUGUUUAAGAAGCGAGAGGUGAGAGAGAGGAGACACGGCAAGAAGAAGAGAAAAAAUUUCUCUUUCUUCCUUUCGUUAAGAUCCUGGCAAGGAAUCUGUAAGAAGAGGAAGCUCAGCUCGCAAUCAAUCGAUUCCACCGACUGCAUUUGUUUGGAAUCUCGUGUUAGAAUGCUGGCGCUCAACCGCGCAUUCAUGGAUUUGGCAGCGAAGAGCUCCUCCGCGAGGAGAAAGCUCUUCUCUUUUUAGGGAUCGAUCGGUGGAAGGGCGAGGCCGCGAUGGAUCCGGGUAGAACAAGGAGAAGAGGAAGCUACAUUGUUGUGUGGGUGUAGGAUUGGAAGGAUCGCGCGCAUUGGAAGCACAUUGAAAGGAGAGGAAGAAUCCAGGCGGAAGGAUGAGAUCUAUAUCGCGCUCCUUCUCUUCUCCGCCGAUUCUCUCGCCCACCAAGAUCCGGCGCCUCCAGCGAACGUUCCACAACGUCAAGCUCAUGGUCAUGUGUGGCAUGAUCACGAUCCUGGUGCUGCGAGGGACGAUCGGCGCGGGCAAAUUCGGGACGCCCGCCCAGGAUUUGCGAGAGAUCCGCGAGCAUCUGCCGCGGCGCCACAAGGAGGCCGCGAGCAGAGUCCUGGCAGAGGCGCACGAAUCGCGAAAGAAAGCCCCAGGCGAUCGCGAGGAGAGGGAGGAGGAGGAGGAGAGAAGCGCAGGAUCAUCGCCCUACUCUCUGGGUCCCAAGAUCUCCGACUGGAACGAGCAGCGAUCCCAGUGGCUCCUCAAGAACAGGGCUGGCGGCGCCGCCGCCACUAGCAAGAUCCUCCUCGUCACUGGCUCCCAGCCCAAUCCCUGCGACAACCCAGUGGGCGAUCACUACCUCCUCAAAUCUCUCAAGAACAAGAUCGACUACUGCCGGAUCCACGGCAUCGAGAUCUUCUACAACAUGGCGCACCUCGAUUCCGAGAUGGCGGGCUACUGGGCCAAGCUCCCACUUCUCCGGAAUCUCCUCCUCUCCCACCCGGACGUGGAGUGGCUAUGGUGGAUGGACAGCGACGCCAUGUUCACGGACAUGAGCUUCGCGAUCCCGCUGGACAAGUACGCGAAUCACAACAUGAUCCUCCACGGAUGGGACGAGCUCGUCUACGCGAAGAAGAACUGGAUCGGGCUCAACACCGGGAGCUUCCUCCUCCGCAAUUGCCAGUGGUCGCUGGAUCUUCUCGAUGCGUGGGCGCCGAUGGGACCAAAGGGAAAGAUCCGCGAGGACGCCGGCAAGAUCCUCACGCGCGAGCUCGUGGGGCGCCCGGAAUUCGAAGCUGACGAUCAGUCCGCGCUCGUCUACCUCCUAGCGACGCAGCGAUCCAAGUGGGGCGAUGGCGUGUUCUUGGAGAGCUCGUACUACCUCCAUGGCUACUGGGCGAUCCUGGUGGACAAGUACGAGGAGAUGAUCGCGAAGAAUCAUCCGGGGCUUGGGGACGAUCGCUGGCCGCUGGUGACGCACUUCGUGGGGUGCAAGCCGUGCGGGAGCUAUGGCGAUUACCCGGUGGAGCAGUGCUUGCGGGAGAUGGAGAGGGCGUUUAACUUCGGGGAUAAUCAGAUCUUGGGUGGCUAUGGAUUCCAGCACCGGCGGCUGGAGAGCGCGAGGGUGAAGAGGACGAGGAAUGACACCGCCAGGCCCCUGGAUGAUCUACCAUCGAUAUCGCGAGUUUCUUCCUCCUAGCUAUGAGGUUUUUUUUGUUUUUUCGAGUUCUUCCCAAAAGGUUGGAGCAACCCAUUUGUCUUGUCGUGAUGGAAGUUGAUAGAUUGUUUUGAUGCUCGCUCGAUCUAUCGUAUCGGAUGAUCAUUGCCUUUACAUAGUUUUUCUUAUCUAGACAUUGUAAGAUAAAGGCCUGGUUUUGAUGAAAAGUUUUUAAAGCGCUGAUUUUAGGGUUCUUGAGCUAUGGAGCGAUGGCGCUAGUGGCGAUCCUGGACUUCUUCCGGGGACGUUUGUGGGAGGUUUUGGACACGCAAUGGCUCCUGGCACUGAGGAAUUUGUCAAUGAAGGAUCUUCUUCUCCUUCCAUCGCAUAUGAGAGUCCCUUCGAUCCUUUGUUUCUCGUGCAUUGACGGUUGGGAUGGAAGGCCUUAGGAUUGCUGGCCCAAGACGCUCCAGGAUUUGCUCGCUCUCUUUUUCUCGAGAGGUGAAGGAGAGCUCAAAGGUGGAUCGCUUCCAAGUGUUAUAACGCAGGGCGUGAACGCCAGGAAACCAUGAGAUUCUUUCCAGAUUGAAGGACUUUCUUCGUUGGUAGUAAAUGAUACUAGCCAUUCUUGUCAACCGUUUCAAAGCAUCGUGCCACACAAAACCGCAACCUUUCUCGGCGACGAGGACGUGUAGCUGGACGCAUUCUUGUCGUCCAUUAGAAUUCGCGAGCAACGUAGCCAUGGACAGCACUCGAACUGCAUGCCUGUGGAGAUCUCUCGGCGAACAUGUUGAGGUGAGGAGCGUAAGUUCUUGAAACACUGGGGCAGGACCUCUGUAAAUCGCCAGGACGUCACGGCGGUGAUCUCUGUUUGGUGUUGCUACAAUUUGUUAUCCGAGAACGACGACGGUGCGAGCAAGUGUGGCUUCCCUUUGAGCAGAGGCAUGAAGAGAUUGAACUUGCGUCUCGGUGGAGCUGGACGUGAUCUUGUGAUACAAUCUCAAUGCCGUUAUUUUGUUCCUUCGUUGGAAGUGGAAUUUUUUAAAAAUGCUUGGCCUUUUUUUA